AGUCCACCUAGUGUCGACCUUUCAACGAGUGAAGUGUCUCGGACUCGGAAAACCAUCAACAUUGCUCCGAAAAGUGAUUCAUUCAACUCCCAGUUCCCACGGAUCAGAAGUACCCUUAUCAACGACAUUGGCAAAAGUCGAUAGCUAAGCCCUACGGGGCCUCGGAUGAACUUCAAGUACCUACAUAAAGUUUCCCAGCUUCGUAUACGGCUGAAAAAUGGAACAAUUUGAACAACUUCUGACGUGUGCGAUCUGCCUAGAUCGUUACCGAAACCCAAAGCUACUACCAUGUCAACACAGUUUUUGUAUGGAGCCAUGUCUAGAAGGUUUAGUCGAUUACGUUAGAAGACAGGUGAAGUGUCCAGAAUGCCGUGCCGAGCACAGGAUUCCCUAUCAGGGAGUGCAAGGAUUCCCCACCAAUGUCACUCUCCAGAGAUUCCUCGAAUUGCAUAUCGAGAUCACCGGAGAACUCCCGGAUCCCACAAGCGGACAGAUCAUGGAAAGAUGCAACGUCUGCUCAGAAAAAGCCUACUGCAGCUUCUGUUCGCACUGCGACAAAAAAAUUUGCGAAGAGUGCAAAGGAGCCCACAUGGAAAUCUUACGCAGAGAAAUAUCCAGGAUUAACAACCAAAUCAGACGCGGCAUCCACAGGCUCCAAGAUACCCUAUCGCUGGUGGAAAAAAACGCUCAGAACAUCCAGACCAACUGUCUUUCCGUAGGCGAGGAAGUCGAAGAAAUCUACAGGAGGCUCAACAAAGCACUCAAAGACCGUACAGACUACUUACGCGGUGAAAUCGAUAGGUACUUGACCACAGAAGUGCGUAGCUUGACCACCCUGAAGGAGAAUCUCGAACAGGAGAUUUCGAACAUCCUCAGCAACUGUGACUUGGCCGAUAAGCACAUGAACGAAAACGUCGACAUCUGGGACGAUUGCGAAUUGAUGGACGCCAAAGAAAUCUUCUUGAAAACGGUCGAGUUCAUCCGAAACUUCGAAUACGAAAAUUCGGACUUCAGCAGAAAAGUUCGACUCAUCCUAGCUCACGAUCCCAACCAGCUGGUAUUGCACGUGGCAGGUUUCGGCGAUCUCAACAUAGCGACUCCUGGUCACGUGGGACACACCUCCGGUCUGUUGCAGCCUCCUGGCGGACCGGGUUUGAUGCGAUCGAAGAGCGACCACCGACUCGCCUCGCAAUUCAGGCAACAAGAAGAACGAGGAUACGGUGAGAGGGGUUACGGAGACGACGAACAAGUACUGGGUGGUAGAAAGUUCGGAGAUAGGUCCAAAACGACAACUACAGCCGAACCCACCAGAUAUGGCGGGGAACGGUACGGCAGAGGAGGGGGUAAUGAGUACGGAGAGGAUUACGACCAUGACAGCAGACCUAGAUCGAAAUACAGCCGAUUCAGGCGCCACCAGAACCCUGACAACGAAUCAGAUAGCGAGCAAACCACUCGAGGAGUGAGAUUCAAUGAGCACAAACAACCAGAAAGAGAGAGAACCCUCGAUACCGAGGACGUGGCUCGCGGUCCUUUGAGCGGAAUCACCCGACUAGCAGACUCUCCGAGAGUCAUGAAAAAGAUGCAGGAUCACGAGAGCGGCAAGACGAAGAAGAAAGAAGAAGCGCCACCUCCGCAGCCCGCUCCAACCUCCAAAGUCGUACCGAAAAGACCUCCUCCGCCAGCUACCAGACAGGUUAGCGAAGAGGAUGAGAUAUCCCGCAUCAAAAAACAAAACAAAGGGGCAACCACAUCGACAGAACCCGUCACAGAUAUAAGGCCGGCAGAAAGACCUGCGACCGAAGAGAGGCACAGGAAAACCCCUGCCGCCGAGGCUGCUUCCAGUGCCGAAGAAACAGACGAACCUCUCAGCACUAUUCAACAACCGCAGAGAAAAACGACAGCUUCCACUAAGACGGCAUCUGCGGUAACCACACGGAGACCUUCGGAUGCGAGCCACAAGAAAACCACUCGCUCAGCUAGUUCUGAUUCGACAACUUCCACUGAAUCAUCUGCGGCUUCUUCGAACGCGGUACGCAAUACUGGAGCUCCAUUCACUACAGAAGAAGUCAAGCAAAAAAUAUUAGCGAAAACAGACACUGCUCCAACUCGCAGCAAAGUCACUUCCGGCAAAGAAACCCCACCACCGCAAAAACCCUUCCAGAGCAGGUUUCUCAAUAAGCCCGCUACAGUGCCACCGCCUCCAGCCGUCGACGAAGACGAAACAGAGACCAGUUCCGAAGAAGAAACCGAAACAGAAGAGGAAUCUGAAGAUCACGCUCCGAAGCCAGACUCCCGGGAAAUGGCCAAAUCGGAUAUAGGGCCUUUGUUAGCCAGAAGUGCCAACGCUAGGGACAACGCUGAAACAUCCAGACGAGCCAGCAGAGACGAAACGCCUCCAUACAGUAGAACCAAAUACUCCCCGAAAGAAGAACCACCGAAAUACGGAAGAAGCAGAACCAGCGCCGUAGCAGAUGAAGAACCUUCAAGAUACGGGUACACCAGUCGAUUUCUCAACAAGAGCAAAAGCUCUGCUGCUAUUGCUGCUGAAGAUGAUGACCAUAGCAGAUACGGAGACGAAGACAGCAAAUACCCGUCGAGCGGUAGAUCGCGUUAUAUGGCCUUGAAGGAACGCAGACAGCGAUUGGCGAGGAGCAGAAGCAGCCAGCAGUUUGGUGAUGAAGAGGACGCUGAAGAACCUGUUUCUUCCGCGUCUACUAACCCUUCUGCCUACCUAGCAUCCAGAGGUUACGGCUCGACUUCAUCCAGCCACGACUUAGCCAGAAGCCGAUCCUCUCACGCCUUGAAAUCCAGGGACAACUCUCCAGACAACAAAUCCGCCGCUCCUGCAGCAGAAAAGGACGGAGCUGCUCUCAGCUCCUGGGCCAGAUACCUCAAGAACAAGUACGGCAACAGGAGCAGCGGCAAAGACAAGGAGACCGGAGCUGCAGCGAGCAGUCCUUCGAGCAGCUCGGCUGCGGCUAGACGGCUCUCGCUGGGUCUGCCUUUGCGGUCGUCGGCGGAAUUAGCUAGUUCUGAUGACGAUUCAAAAAACAUGCAAGGCUCCCCCACUACCCCUACAGCAACUACGGCGGCGGCAGGUAUCGCUCAGGCAGUAGCAGGUACCUCCCCUAGGAGUCACUAUCUCCAAAAGUGCCAACAGCUGUUUCAAAUCGGUAGCCGGGGGAGCGAAGCCGGAUGUUUCACUUGGCCUAGAGGUGUCGCUGUCGGUCCCGACAAUUCCAUUGUCGUCGCCGACUCGUCCAAUCACCGCGUCCAAGUUUUCGAUUGUAAUGGCAAGUUCCUGAAGGAGUUCGGCCAAUACGGCAACAAGGAAGGAGAGUUUGACUGUUUGGCAGGCGUGGCUGUCAAUCGCAUCGGACAGUUCAUCAUCGCCGAUAGAUACAACCACAGAAUACAAGUUUUUGACCCUUCUGGACGUUUUCUACGCAGCUUUGGAAGUCAGGGAACUGCCGAUGGGAGAUUCAACUAUCCCUGGGGUAUAACAACUGAUGCUCUGGGAUUCAUUUAUGUUUGUGAUAAGGAAAAUCAUAGAGUACAGGUUUUCCAAUCAGACGGCACGUUCGUCGGAAAAUUCGGUUCGAUGGGCAACAAAGAAGGCCAGCUCGAACAUCCCCACUACAUAGCAGUUUCCAACACCAACCGAGUCGUGGUAUCAGACUCCAACAACCACAGAAUCCAAAUAUUCGACGUGAACGGUAAAGUGCUGACCUCUUUCGGCUCAGAAGGGAACGAAGACGGGCAAUUCAAGUUCCCUAGAGGCGUGGCAGUCGAUGAUCAGGGAUACAUUUGCGUGGCAGAUUCCGGCAACAACCGGAUACAGAUUUUCCAUCCAGAUGGCACUUUCCUAAGGGCUUUCGGUUGUUGGGGAAUCGGGAAAGGGGAGUUUAAGGGUUUGGAAGGGGUCGCGAUGAGUCCCAACGGUCACGUGCUAGUGUGCGAUCGAGAGAAUCAUAGAAUUCAAGUGUUUUGACGAUUUUCUGAUUAAUCUUCUAAUGUUCUUUUUAGUUAUCAUGGAGUGUGCUGACUUACCUACCUAUUAAAAUAAACAAAUCUACUUGCAUUUCUCU